GCAAUUGAAAAAUUUUCACAUACAUUAUUACUAGAACACUGGUCUCAAUCAUGAAUGUUGUUAGGGCCCUCCACAAAAACAAAAUGUGAGCGUACGAUGAUUAAGGAAGCGGUGUAAUGCCCCUCUAGUCCUAUGUACUACGUAGGUAAUAAUGUUAAUAUUUUUACUUCUGUGAAAGAAAGCCUCCCGCGUACCUUCGCUUCCACUCCAAGCUCUGUGUUCUGAUAUAGUGAUAUAUAAGAUACAGAACUCAUUGAUGGUGAUCAGACCCAGUCGCAGGCGGGGUAAGCUAGCUAGCAAUGGCCGCUGUUUGCAUAUCACGCUGGAUCGAGGAAGGCGCGCCAUCGGGGCCACCCUUCCGAUCCGUCUAUAGGUGGCCGGAAUCCUGCACGGAGUCGGGAAAGGCGGCGGCAGCGACUAACGUGCGCAGGGGAGGAGGACUGCACCGCCCGCCGGGGGCCGUGGUGGACGGCAUCUCCUGCAGGCAGAUGUACCUGAGGAGCUACUCCUUCUCGAGGAAGGAGACGGUGCAGGAGAAGACGGCGAGGUGUGCCGGCAGAGUUAGAGAGAGACUGAGGACUCUGUUUCGCAGAAGUAGGAGGAGGAAGUGCUGCGGCAGGAGGAAGAAGAGGUGUUUCGUGCUCAGGAAGGCCAAAACGGUGUUGUCUGCUGCCUGGUUUUCUAUUUUUCGCAGGUUGCUGUCUUGCACCGCCCAGGUAGAUGUGGCCGGUGACAGUACAGAGUAG